AUGGAUAAUAGCGCCGUCGUCGGUGCCCAGGAGAUGGCGGGUGGCAUAGAUCGUUUGAGUCUGGUAACAUUUAAUGCGGGCCUGUUGCAGUUCAAAUUAUUAGGAGUGAGUUGGUACAAGAACCCGCCAUUUACGAAUCGGCGUUUGCGGAAGAUACCAUUGGCGUUGCGUGGUUGUGAUGGAGAUGUACUAUGUUUGCAAGAGGUGUAUGAUAACCGGCAUGCAUGUUACAUUACCGACAGUUUAGGUUGGGUGUACCCGUACAGUGGACGUUGUACGUCGGGUGGGGUACUGGCGCUCCAUAAUGGCCUGUUAACUCUUAGCAAGUUCCCUGUCUUAGACUCCGCGUUCUAUCCCUUCCACCGCAUAACACUCGCUGAGAGUGUCUUUGGGUCUAAAGGCAUCCUCGCAUGCACCAUCGCCGUACCCAACCUCGGCACACUACGAGUCCUCAACGUACACAUGGUCUCCGGCACCGUCGACCCAGAAUCCCGAUCCCUCGAUGACAUCCGUCUCCAAGAAAUGAUACAGAUUGUCGCCUUGGCGCAACAAGCCUCCCUUCUUGGACACAUUCCCCUUAUUGUUGGCGACUUUAAUGCCGGACCCUCCGUCUGCCCUUCCUCCUAUGAACACUUAAUUGAACAAGGAUGGCAAGAUGCAUUCGCCGCUGCCAGACGUCCACCCACCUACCAAUUACCCCACCUCACCACCUCUGCCACCUCCUUCGAAAUCGGACCCAGCGCACCACCCCUCAGAGAAGACCCCGACCACUCACCCAUCCCGCCCUGCAGCGAAGCCGGAUUCAGUACACCCUCCCUCGGCUUCAUGAAACGUAACCUCAGUACGCACACGCACACACGCUCUGGGUGA